AUGAUUGUGGCAAUGGAUCUUUCGUCCGGCUCUGUGCACGACGUCUCGUAUUUCGAGCUCAGCUGGUCCAUUCUCAGCACCAUUGGACUGUUCACGGCCCUACUCGGGAUCUGGGCGGUGCUGAUUACUCGGCCCAGUCCGUUAAGUUAUAUUCCGAUCGUGGUCUCUGCUGCGUGUGCGGCUGCGAAUGGAUUAUGUUAUUUUGCCUAUUAUUCGCGCCACUCGGUUCUCGAUCGUAUGGUCGGCAGCGCGUUCGCUGAUGUCUUCUGGCUGAUCCAAGAAGCCGGUCUUUCUUUCUACAGCUACCAGAUCCUCUCGCACACGCUCCGCGACCGCUCCCAAGUCACCUUCCUCGUCAUCUUCUGGCUCCUCAUGCUCGCCAUCCUCGGUCUUCGGCUCGCUAUUCUCACCACGCGCCUCCUUGACAUCCAAUCCCCAUCAGAACAUCCCCUACAACACCGUAUCUCUUAUCUUCACGUCGGCUACUUCGUCACCAUCGCCCUCGUCGAAUCCUGGAGUUCCUUCUUUCUCAUUCGUCUCCUGCACAAGGCCCGUGACCUCUCGCCGAAGAUAUCAUCUACUCGUUCUGUCUUUCGCUAUUUGUUGAGAACCACGGAGCUUCGAUUGGCUAGUCUUUGUGCUGUUGGUGUUACCCGCGCUGUCACUUAUUCGUGGCAGGUCACGGCUCAGAGCGCGGUCAGUGUCGCUGGAGAGUUGGAUCGGUUUGUUUAUGCGAUCGAGUGUUUGUUUCCGUUGGUUUUGAUAGUUGAUAUCCUCUCCUCGAAGAAAUACUCCGCUCUUUCGUCUACCGAGUCGCCUCAACCGAGGUCGCCCUGUCUACCUCAGCCUCCGGUGAGAGGGCAUGUUCGGAUUCCGACGUCUGAUAGUUGGCCGUUGCAGAGGGGGUGGGAGUGUGGAUCUCCUUAA